GAGCACAGCCGCCCCACCGGCUUUGGGCCCGGGAUCCAGGCGUCUGGACACAGGUCGAGCUGUCGGCAGGGCAGAGCCACAGGGCCUACAAAGAUGCUGGCUGUCCCGGAGAUGGGCCUGCAGGGGCUGUACAGUGGUAAGACCCACCCCCUCACCUCUGCCCGGGGCCCACUGCCCCCCUCACCCUGGCACUCAGACCCACCCCUAGUCUGUCCAUGUGCCUUGCCCAGCAGAGGCUCCUGAGCACCGUUCUGUGAGUGUGUGUGCGCAAGGAGGGUCAGUGUAACAGGACUACGCAUGUGAGUGUGUGUGUGUGUCUGCGUGUCUGCCUAUGGGCAGGUCUCUGGGCACAGGGUGUGUAUGUCUGCACAGAACUCUGUGUGCAUGCGCAUCUGCCUUUGGCCUGGUCUGGGCGCAGGCUCUGGGUUCUGUGCAGGGGUAGGAGGCCAGGAGGCAGGACGGACACGCCUCAGGAAGUCCACUCACAAAGACCUGGUGGGCUGGGGCUUCCUUCCUGACUCCCUUCCCAGGCUCAAACCACAGCAACUCGGCCCCUCAAGCUGGAGCUGGUGACAGGACCCAAGCCUGCCCUGGCCACCUGAGAAAAAGGGGCUCUGGGAGUGUGACCACCAUGUCCUUGCCCCUCCAGCACUGCAAGACAGAUGCCAGCCCUGUCCAGGCACUUCCCAGAAUCAUGCCCAGCCCCUCACAUAUAUUCCAAGUGUACCCCAAGGUCGAGGAGGGCUGGGACUUGCCAGGGCCACAGAGCUGUGGCUGAGUGAGUACACAGGCCCCAGCCCUGGCUCAGCCUAAAGCCAGACAUUGAUUUGCCAAUGUGUCUUCAUACCAGACCCCAUCAAUCUCCCUGGCCAGCGCCCCCGUCCCCACACACGGAUCUCAGGGCAGCCCCAGUCCCCCUCCCAGGGGCCUUAGCAAAGUUCAGUGUGGUGGUGAUAAGCCCACCAGCCCACACCAGCAAAGCAGGCCCUCCUGCCCCCUGAGCUGCCAGAGCCUCCAAACCAGGCUUUGGGCUGCCUUCUGGGCGCUGCACUGCUUCCUCCCACCAAAGGUCCAGCUCAGUCCUGGGCCUGCGAGAGGGUCUUAAGGGGGCCUCCUGCCCCCAAACGCUGGCUCCAGGUCUAUGUGUGUCAUGGGGGAGGGGAGGCUUGGAAUCUGACUUCCUAGUGUGGUGGACACCUCUUGGCUCAGGGCUGGGCUGGGGGAGGUGUUGCCCCAGUCAGCCAGCUGGGCCUGUCCAUGGCCCUUGUGGGGCAGAGGGAGGGGAGGAGGCAACUCCCUCAGGUCCUGAUUAGAACCAUGUGGCUGCACUUUCGUGGGGAGAGGAGCGGCUCCACUCCCACUCAGGUCUGUAGUCCCCUACCUUUUCUGGUUUCUCCACCCUCACCCCAGGAGCUCACCUGCCCCAUCUCUCCUGCCCUUCUAUCUCUGGACUCAGUCUUCCCCACCCCCACAAUGCUUCUCUGUCUCUCCCCUUCCCUGCUGUGUCUGAGGAGUGCUGGGGGAGACAGUGAGUCCCUAGGUGAAGUAUGUCACCCUUCAGGAAUAGGUCGCCUCUAACUGAUAACAGACCCUGAGCCCAGCUAUCCCCGACCCCGACCUCAGUCCCGUCCUUCCUACCCUCCCUCGCUCAUCCCCUUUCCCCAGCAGGGUACCCCUCACCUUGGCCCAGCAAUGACUGAUGAAGAAUCCCCCAGGCUUGGGCCCCAGCCACCAGCCCCUUACCCCGAUUGUGCCAGAGCGAUUUGCCCUCUCUUUGCAGGCUCCAGCCCAGAGCGGUCUGCAGUGCCCAGCCCACCCGGCUCCCCAAGGACCCAAGAAAGCUGUGGCAUUGCCCCCCUCACACCCUCACAGUCUCCAGUCUUGCACUUGCAGAAGCCUGAGGCCCGAGCCCCCCAGCAGGCCCCCUUCUCCGUGGUAGUGGCCAUCGACUUCGGCACCACAUCCAGUGGCUAUGCCUUCAGCUUUGCCAGUGACCCUGAGGCCAUCCACAUGAUGAGGAAAUGGGAGGGCGGGGACCCAGGUGUGGCCCACCAGAAGACCCCCACCUGCCUGCUGCUGACCCCAGAGGGUGCCUUUCACAGUUUUGGCUAUACAGCCCGUGAUUACUACCACGAUCUGGACCCUGAGGAGGCUCGUGACUGGCUCUACUUUGAGAAGUUCAAGAUGAAGAUCCACAGUGCCACUGAUCUCACCUUGAAGACCCAGCUAGAAGCGGUAAAUGGAAAGAAAAUGCCUGCUCUGGAGGUGUUCGCCCAUGCCUUGCGCUUCUUCAAGGAGCAUGCCCUUCAGGAGCUGAGGGACCAGUGCCCAUCGCUGCCAGAGAAGGACACUGUGCGCUGGGUGUUGACAGUGCCGGCCAUCUGGAAACAGCCAGCUAAGCAGUUCAUGCGAGAGGCUGCCUACUUGGCCGGACUGGUGUCAAGAGAGGAUGCAGAGCAAUUACUCAUUGCCCUGGAGCCUGAGGCCGCCUCUGUCUACUGCCGCAAGCUGCGUCUGCACCAGCUCGUGGACCUGAGCAGCCGAGCUCCAGGCAGCGGGCGCCUGGGCGAGCGCCGCUCCAUUGAUUCCAGCUUCCGUCAGGCCCGAGAGCAGCUUCGAAGGUCCCGCCACAGCCGCACGUUCCUGGUGGAAUCGGGUGUCGGAGAACUGUGGGCUGAGAUGCAAGCAGGAGACCGCUACGUGGUGGCAGACUGCGGGGGAGGCACGGUGGACCUUACCGUGCACCAGCUGGAGCAGCCCCAUGGCACCCUCAAGGAGCUCUACAAGGCAUCUGGUGGCCCCUGUGGCGCGGUGGGCGUGGACCUGGCCUUCGAGCAGCUGUUGGGCCGCAUCUUCGGCGAGGACUUCAUCGCCACCUUCAAAAGGCAACGCCCAGCAGCCUGGGUGGAUCUGACUAUAGCCUUCGAGGCCCGCAAACGCACCGCAGGCCCACACCGUGCGGGGGCGCUCAACAUCUCGCUGCCCUUCUCGUUUAUUGACUUCUACCGCAAGCAGCGAGGCCACAACGUGGAGACAGCCCUGCGCAGGAGCAGCGUGAACUUCGUGAAGUGGUCCUCACAGGGGAUGCUCAGGAUGUCUUGUGAGGCCAUGAACGACCUUUUUCAGCCCACGGUCAGCGGGAUCAUCCAGCACAUAGAGGCGCUGCUGGCGCGCCCCGAAGUGCAGGGCGUGAAGCUGCUGUUCCUGGUGGGCGGCUUCGCAGAGUCGGCCGUGCUGCAGCACGCGGUGCAGGCAGCACUGGGUGCCCGCGGCCUCCGCGUGGUGGUUCCGCACGACGUGGGCCUCACCAUCCUAAAGGGCGCGGUGCUCUUCGGGCAGGCUCCGGGCGUCGUUCGGGUGCGCCGCUCGCCGCUCACCUACGGCGUGGGCGUGCUCAACCGCUUUGUGGCUGGGCGCCACCCGCCCGACAAGCUGCUGGUUCGCGACGGCCGCCGCUGGUGCACUGACGUGUUCGAGCGCUUCGUGGCCGCCGAGCAGUCGGUGGCCCUGGGCGAGGAGGUGCUGCGCAGCUACUGCCCAGCGCGCCCAGGCCAGCGGCGCGUGCUCAUCAACCUGUACUGCUGCGCCGCCGAGGACGCGCGCUUCAUCACCGACCCAGGCGUGCGCAAGUGCGGCGCGCUCAGUCUAGAGCUCGAGCCCGCCGAGGGAGGCCCCCAUGCCGCCGGCGCGCCCCCUAGCCGCCGCGAGAUCCGCACUGCUAUGCAGUUUGGCGACACCGAGAUUAAGGUCACUGCCGUCGACGUCAGCACCAAUCGCUCCGUGCGAGCCGCCAUCGACUUUCUUUCCAAUUGAGGGCGCAGUGCCAGUCCCCGUCGGCCCCGCUGAACUCUCUUUUGGCCCAGGGCCUGGGGAGCGGGCUGAGGCGGACCAACCGGCCCCAUUCCCCACCAUCCUGCCCCGGGAGGUGAGGGGAGGUGAGGUCACAGGAGGAUGGGUGGGGACAUAUCCAGAAACUCUGGCUUUAGGAUUGGGCCCCGGUCCGCUGACUGGAAGGCUGAAGGGCCCUGCCAAGGACUGAGGUCAAGGAGACUUAAAAGAGGUUUGCAAGACGGCGUGCCCACAGGGAGCACACGAUCCUGAAAGCAGAAUGCACCGGAAGACUUGAGCCCUGGUCUGAACUGGGGUCCGGGAUGGGAGUGGGGGGGUGGGGGUGCAGCUGCAGGUGGGGCAGCAAGAGGAAGGAGGUUGUGCAGGGCCUGGGCCUGAAGGGCGGAGUGCACUGAUUGACUGGCUCAGCCUGUUUAGGGAGCCAGACAGGACAAGGACUGGAAACUGACAGGAAAGGGACAGGGGUAGUAAGACCUUCCUGGGUGUGGUACUGACCACCCAAGUAUGAAUGUUAAUUGUAGAAAGAGCAGUAGCAGACUAUGAGAAGGGUACAGGGCGAGGCACUUAUGAGGGGGAUGUGGGGGCACAUGUCGGGGGGGGGGCCUUUCCUUUCUAUCUGAGAAGGCCCCAGGGGCAGCCUAUGAAUGACCCACUUGCACUCCAUCGAGCCACGGAGUGGGGGGAGGGCAGGGAGGACAGAGGGAGCACUGGUCGCAGCUCUGCCAUCAACUCAGUGUACCUGCCCUCCCAUGAUGUGCAACAGCUCCACCUGCCUGAGAACCCUAAGGUGACAAUAAAGCAUUUAUGCUCAAGGUGAA